AUGGAAACCACAAAGUAUUUAGUGUUGAUGCUGAUCCUUGCAUUGUGCAUGAGGACGUCUUCGAGUGACGAGUUGGUUGAAGACGCCAAAGCGAAAGCACAAGAGGCCAAGGAGGGUGCCACAGAAGCUGCUAACGUUGCCGCCGAAAAAUCUGAGAAUUUCGCUGAGUGGGCUUAUAGCAAGAUUAAACAGGGUUUUGGGUACGAAGACGAGGAAAAAAAAGAUGUGGCUCAAAAUACGAAGUAUCAAGUUGAAGCAGCAGCUUCAAAGGCCGCAGACAAAGUGAAAACAACAGCAUUGGAAGCUUCUGAGUAUGCUUCAGAGAAGGCUUCAGAUGCCAAAGAGAAUGCAAAAGAUACAAUGAAUGCAGUGGGAGACAAAGCAGCACAAUCUUAUGACCAAGCUAAACACAAAGUGGGUGAGGCAUACGAGUCAGCAAAGAAAACCGUGACUGAAGAGACCAAGAAUAAGUAG